CAACACAUACAACAAACACUCACUCGCUCCUUUCUCCUUUGGUGACCUUUGUCACUUUGCCUCUCAUUUCCGUCCCUCCGUUCCCUGGUUCCCCCUUCCCGCCGCGCAACCCUCUUUUAGAUCCCCCCGUCGCCGGUCCAGUCCACGCGGAUUCGACUUUUCCUCGACCCACCGACCUCCACACGAACCGGUGGAUUCGCACUCACCAGUCUCAAACUGUCCGAUCCUGGCUGGACUGUGCAAGUUGAUCGCUCGCCUCCCACCAAUUGCGAGCCGCGUCCUGCUCGCUAAUCGGGGCUGCAGCGCUGCGUCUAGCCUCGUUUUCUAGUCCGCCGUUCCUUAAAUCCCUCCGCACCCUCGUCAUGCCUGGCAGACCUGGCUUGACGGAGAAGCGGCUGUCGGCCCAUCGUUUUCAACAGCUGCGCGACAUGGCCCCCGACACCAUGGCCAACCCCAACGAUGUCACCAUCGAUAUCCCCCUCCACAAUGUCUCGACCCGGAGUCAGACUGGCGCCCGUAAGACGAGCAGCAACAUCACCGGCUCGCCCAUUCCCGGUCUCGGCGACGGCGACGAGAAGGAGAAGCUCGUCAACAACGGCCCCAACCCGGGCGUGCGCCGCCGCAUCACCGAUUCCACCGGACGCUCGCUCGAGGACCCCGAAGACGGUACCAUCACCCGCAUUGGCCGCAUCUACCAGGCCAUCCUAAAUUACUCCAUCGUCACCCGCUACUUUAUCUAUGUCGCCCCCAUCGCCCUGCUGCUGGCGAUCCCCAUCAUCAUCGGCGCCACGGUCGCGCAGGACGCGACCAUCGGCGGCGUCACGCUGCCCUGGUUCUGGUUCUGGAUCGAGAUCGUCUGGAUCGGCCUAUGGGUGUGUAAGCUGGCCGCCCAGGUGCUGCCGUAUGUCUUCAUGGCCCUGGUUGGGUUCGUCAGCUCCGGCACGCGCAAGUAUGCGCUCAUCCUGCGGAAGCUGGAGGUGCCCAUCGCGACCGUGCUCUGGUGCGUGCUGUGCCUGGUGACAUUCCUGCCAAUCAUGACGCAAAACCCCCACCAGAAGGCGAAGAACGACACCUCCACCAAGUCGUGGGAGAAAUCCAUCAAGAAUAUUCUAUUUGCGCUGUUUGUCUGCAGUCUGAUUUUCCUGGGCGAGAAGAGUCUGGUGCACCUGAUUUCCAUCAGCUACCACCGGAAGCAGUUCGACGCCAAGAUCAAAGAGUCCAAGCACCAUGUGUCGCUGGUGGCUCUGCUGUACGAUGCGUCUCGGAACAUGUUCCCCAUGUACUGCAAGGAAUUCCGCGAGGAGGAUGCCGCCAUCUCGGACUCGCUCCUGCGCCAGGCGGGCGCGAAGCGCCUCCCGGGCAGCUCGUCGGCGCCGCUGCGGCUCAUCCGCGCGGCCGGACACAACGCCAAAAACAUCGGCAACAAGGUGACGGCGGCGUUCGGCGACGUGGCCCACGAGCUGACUGGCAAGCACAUGUUCAACUCGACGUCUACGCGGUCGGUGGUCACGCAGGCCCUGGAACACACCCGCACAGCUGAAGCGCUGGGUCGCCGCAUCUGGAUGUCGUUCGUGAUCGAAGGUCGCGACGCGCUGUACUUCGACGAUAUCUGCGAGGUGCUGGGCUCGGGCAUGGAAGCCGAGGCGGCGGAGUGCUUCAGCAUGCUCGACAAAGACGGCAACGGCGACAUCAGCCUGGACGAGAUGAUCCUCGCGGUGUGCGAGGUGCGUCGGGCGCGGAAGUCCCUGAACAACAGUCUGCACGACGUCGACCAGGCGAUCCACGUGCUGGACAACCUGCUGCUGACGGUGGCGGGCAUCAUCGGUAUCCUGGUGUUUGUGUCGUUCGUCACGACCGGGUUCGGCACGGUCAUCGCCGCGGGCGCCACCUCGCUGCUGUCGCUGAGUUUCGUCUUCUCGACCACGGCGCAGGAGGUGCUCGGUUCCUGCAUCUUCCUGUUCGUGAAGCACCCCUUCGACGUGGGCGACCGCGUCGAAAUCAGCGACAAGCCGUUCUUUGUGGAGCGCAUCUCGCUGCUCUUCACCGUCUUCCGCAACGUCAACGACCACCGCGUCACGCAGAUCCCCAACGUCAUCCUCAACAGCCUCUGGGUCGACAACUUCACCCGCGCCAACGCCAUGCACGAGCGCCUCACCGUCCCCGUCAGCUUCGACACCACCUUCUCCAACAUCCAGCUCCUCAAGGACGAGAUGGAGGCCUUCGUCCGCGACAAGGACAACUGCCGCGACUUCCAGCCCGACGUGACCAUCGACGUGGUGGGCGUCGGCGACAUGAACAAGAUGGAGCUGAGCGUGCUGAUCUGCCACAAGUCGAACUGGUCCAACGAGGCCGUCCGCGCCGCCCGCCGCUCCAAGUUCAUGUGUGCGCUGAUCCUGGCCGUCCGCCGCGUCCCCAUCCGCGCCCCCGGCGCCGAGGCCGACGACAAGGACGACAAGGACGAGAAGCCCGACGCCGAGGAACCCAUCCAACCGGGCCGCCAGCCCUCCAUCGCCAGCGAAGGCGUGCGCCGCGCCUCCACCGUCACCGGCGUCGCAACCGCCGAAUCGCGCUCCACCGGCUUCGACCUCGGCAACUCCACUGGAUCCAUCCAACGCCGCGGCGCCGGCAGCACCUACAGCGAGGGCCUCGCGCCCGAACACGCCGUACGGUCUCCCGGCUCGCGCGACGGCCACGAGGACCAGUACCAGACCCCCGUCGGCUCCCCCGGCCAGGAACACCAACUCAGCGUGAACUACGGGAUCAUGACCCGCGAGCCCUCAACCGGCCGUCGCAAGGAAGGCAGUCACACCUCGUACGCCAACACAGGCGUGCCCGUCCUCGCCGAGCCCGUCCCGCCGCGUCGUGAAACCGACCCCCCCGCCGUCCAGGAACCCACCCUCUCUCAGGUCCCGCCCGCGGGCACGCAGCCCGUCGGCGCCGCCGUCGUGCAGCACCCCCCGGAGUAUUACAGCUACCCCGGGCAGUAUUAUGAGCCUGCGGAGGCGGAGGAGUACGACCCCAACCAGCCGUUCGAGCUGCCCGAGGCGAGAGGGGAGUAUCUGUCGCCCGGCACUUCGCAUUCCCAGCGUUCGCAGUCGCGGCAUUCGGAGGAGGGGAGGUUUACGCGACGGUAGGGUGAGGUCAGUGAGUGUGGGAUGGAUGGGAUGGAUGGGACGAGUGAUGAAAAUUGUAUUUUAAUUGUAUUGUAAUGAGUAUGAGUAUGAGUAUACACCACCUAGUACCUAUGCUAUAUCGUACAUGAUUGGUUCUUUUAUUGGUUUUUUAUUGGAUUUGAGGUGGAGUCGGAGUAGAUGGUGUGCAGGAUAUGUAU